AUGACGCCUGCCAUCUUCUUCUGGUGCACCUUCAUUGCCUUCAAGCUGGCACUUGGCCUCUUCCUCUUCACCAUUGCCUACGACUUGCUCCACAUCAUCAUCCUUGUCUCUGGGGCUUUCUUCUGGCUGAUGUCACUGCUGUUCUCCUCCCUCAUUUGGUUUAUCGCCAUUAAAGCCAGUGACCCCCAGGAUGAGUUGUUGCAGAAGGGGCUUUUGAUAUUUGGGAUGAUGUUCUCUGUGCUGCUGCAGGAGGCCUUCCGCUUCCUCUACUACAGGCUCCUCAA